AAAGCACUACACUUUUAUCACGGUUCUAGAGCGAGCCAAAAUGCCGGGUUUUAGCAGUGUGGGUACAUUCAAAAUUUUCAUUGGCAAUUUAGCCGAUAAAACAACCAACGCCGAUAUUAAACCUCUUUUUGAAAAAUACGGCAAAGUCGUCGAAUGUGACGUGGUGAAAAAUUAUGGAUUUGUGCACAUGGAAAAUGAAGAAAGCGGAAGAAAUGCAAUUCAACAUGUUAAUAGCUAUAUGAUGCAUGGACAGCCAAUAAAAUGUGAAGCGGCAAAAAGUCGUAAAGGUCCAAAUACACCGACAACAAAAAUAUUUGUUGGCAAUUUAACUGAUAAUACAAAAGCGCCACAGGUGCGUGAAUUAUUUGCAAAAUUUGGUACAGUAGUUGAAUGCGAUAUUGUACGUAAUUAUGGAUUUGUACAUCUUGAAGCGACUGGUGAUGUUAAUGAUGCAAUUAAAGAAUUAAAUGGACAUAUUGUCGAUGGACAACCAAUGAAAGUACAAAUAUCAACAAGUCGCGUACGUCAAAGGCCUGGUAUGGGUGAUCCUGAACAAUGUUAUCGUUGUGGACGCGGUGGACAUUGGUCUAAAGAAUGUCCAAAGGGUGGAAUGGGAGGUGGACCCGAUAGAAAUGGAUUCCGCGAUCGUAUGUUUGGACGUGAUCCCUAUCCACCACCACCACCCCCGCCAUUCCUCAGGGAGCGGCUUAUGGGUGGAGGACGCUUUGGUGAUUACGACAGUUACUAUGAUAGACGUGGAUUUGAUGAUACCAGAGAUUUAUAUGAGAGGCGAUUCCCAAGUAUGACGGGUAUGUCUGGCCGCGAUAUGGGAAGUUCGAUGCGCGAUUCUUAUUUGCCACCAGUUGCACCAAGACGAGAUCCAAUUCCACCUAUGCCACCACUAGGUAUGGGAUCAAUGCGCGACAGUGGCUUUUCACGCAGCAAUGAUUAUGGAAUGUUUAGCAGACGAUCACCACCUCCAAGUGGCAAUAAUGGCCGAUUCAGUAGAGGCAUGUAUGAGGACUUUAGUCGAGAUUCGUUUGAGGAUACCCGUAGACCGGGAAUACGAGGGCCAUCGCCGUCGCGCCGGUUCGCACCAUACUAAAACGUCGUCGCGUCCGGAUAUCGGAUCGGUGUGUCGGUCUGUUCGUCGGUCAUGUUGAUUGUCGUCUUGUUGUCAAGUCUUGUCUAUCCGCAUGUGUGAGCAGGAAGCCUCGGGACCCGAGAAACUCUUGGCCGUCCGUCGAUCUGCACGCACGCGCAAAGAUCUGCCGCCGCCCGCUCGAUGUGACAAAAAAAAGAAAUGAAAAAAAAAAUUACUGUUCACAGUAUUUUUUUUUUCCAAAAAACCAUUCACAAAGAAACUAAAAAGGUUUGCAAAAAAAAAAAAAAAAAACACACAUUUUCUUCAUUGACUCAAUAGAAGACACACAAAAACACUAUUCACCAAUUCCCUCCUUUUGCUUAUUAUUAUUAUUAUUAUGAUUAUUAUUAUUAUUAUUAUUAUUAUUAUUAAUAUUAUUAUUAUUAUUAUUCCCUCUUGUAUACACUGGGACCCGGUUUUUUUCAAAAAAAAGAAACAAUUUUUUUUUGAAAAAAAUACUUAGAAUCAACCUUUAAAUAUGUCUUCGUUUUAUAAUUGCGUUGCACUGAGAACAAAGAAGAAAACUUAUUUAAUUGGUUUCAUUAUUUGUGUAAAAAAAAAAAAAAGUCGAAUUCCAAAUGUUCUUGGGAAAAUAUGAAAUUUGUGCAUGUGAACAGGGCUUAAAGUACGAAAUUUUUACAUGUGAACAGAGCUUAAAGUACGAAAUUUUUACAUGUGAACAGGGCUUAAAGUACGAAAUUUUAUUGUUUCAAUUUAAAAAAAAAGAAAUCGGCUUUUUUUAACCGAAAAAUUUUGCAGAGAAAGAAAAAUGCAACUUAAGCUCCGUUCACAAGUUUAUAUUAAAAUUUUCCCAAGAACCAAAAAAAAUCCGAAUACAAACCGUUUUAAAAAGAGUGAGAAUAUUUUUUCUCAGUGCCCUACGAAAUGUAUAUUUAUCUAUAUAAACAAAAUAUAUAAAUAAAUAUAUAUAACUAUAAUUAAAUCAAGACAUUCUCUUCAGAAAGCAAAAAAAAAAAAAUAGUCAACGAGAGCGCAUUAACAUUUUACCAAUAUAGAACAUUUUUGUGAAGAAUUUGUCUUCGAUACGAAAACAAAUUAAUAGCGGAAUUUUUUGAAUCAAAAAAAAAAAGCUGAAUGUAAAUUUUUACCAAAAGAUUCCGCUUUUAAUUCCGUAUAUCUCGUUUUUUUUUUACCAAGCGCUCAAAUCACAAGGAAAUCUGUUUUUUCCAAAAGAGAAAUUUUUUUGUAAAUUUUUAUAGUUUUUUUUUGUUUUUUAAAUUUUGUAAAGAGAAAUUUUCAUUACGUGUAAUUAUUUUCUUGGGAUUGAAAAAAAAAAAAGAAAAGAGAAUCGAAGAUCUCCAUUGUGAUUGGAGCGCUCUUUGACUAAUAAUUAAUUCCUUCUCUUUCACUUUUUCUCUUCUCUCUCUCGUAUUAGCAAUUUAGAUAAAUCAAUUACGCUCUUUAUGACUGCUGAGAAGCGUAUUAGACAUUAUAGCAAAAAAAAAAAAUAAAUAAUAAUAAACGACAUUUUAUGGAGGAAACAAAAGAAAAAAAGGUAAAAAAGAAACUAGGAUUAAUGAAUGAGUUUUCAGUAAGUAAUUUUUUCGACCUAGUUUGUAAUCUUUUUACACAUUGAUGUGUAUUGAAUUUUUUUUUUUUUUUAAACUAAGAUUCGUGUUUUUCGAUAUAAUUAUAAUAAUAGC